AUGAUAAUAAUAAAAAACGCCGCUCGCACUGCCUCCAGAUCGGGAGUGGGAACAUCCCGGCUGUGGGCUCAUCUGAUCAGCAUGCUUGUUAACAGGCUUGGCAGAGCACGCUCGUCCGGCGUAUUUGGCUUUUUCGGACAGGUAUACUCCCCUGCCUGCCCAUUCCUGCAGCAUGGUGUCGGCCCCCAGUCCACACGCUUUGCAGCUCGGCUCGGACCAAAUUUAGCCGGGCAACUUACUGACAUUCGCGAGGAUGGAGCCGCUUGCACCUGGUAA